GCAGCGGCUCUCCCAAUCCAAUUGGGAGGAGGAGGAUGACGGCGGUAGGGCUCCGAGAGUCGGGGCACAUCGGGGAAGCAGCUAAGGUCGGUGCCUGAUCUGACCGGGAGGAGGAGGACAGCGGCAGGGCUCCGGAAGUCGGGGAAGCGGCGGAGGUUGGCGCGAGGCGGAUCCGGUCGGGACCGGAUCCUGCAGAUCGAGGACGCGCACCGGCACCGAGUAACUGUGUCGGUGGCGGCAGAAUGGGAGGAGUAAUGAGAUGCACGCCGCGGGAAGUCACGGGUGGGCGCGGCCAUGGGACGAGUCGCCCUGGAUCUGCCACCGGACCUCGAGAGCACCGGGGUUCUCUGCUUUGAAUUUCCCUGCUAGCUCCCAGUCCUCCCCGACCUUCACAGGAUCAAGAUUUUGUUGCCCCUACACCUGGGCGACCAUGGUGAGCGACCAUCCAACAAACUAGCAUGGCUACCUGCUCCUCAUGACCCCAUCUCCUUGCGCUGUACCGUGAUGGUCCGACUAGGUGCUUCCCGGCGGCGGCUUCCCCGCCUAGCCUUCCAAUGGCUCAAGAUCUAGCGGCCCUCUGCUCCUCGACGCCCCACAUUGAGCGCUCAAUCCCGGAAACAGCCCCGCCAAGUUGUCGCUCCCCAUCUCCCCGCAUCAUCUCGAGAUGGUCCGGUUGAAAGCCAUGCCAACGGCGGAGCGUGUGUUGUCCAGGGAAGCCGGCUCCUCCACCCAUGCUUCCUCCUCUAUAAGGCCGGCAACGACACAACUUUGACAACUUCGUGCAGGUCUGUACAAUAUGAGGCAAGCAAUACAAAUGCAUGGAUUGCACAUACAUCUGACCAUAAGAUGGAACUCAAUAAUACAACACUAUACUAUGAAUUCCUGAGAUGCCAAGGGAUACCUUCGGGAGGUCUACAAUAGCUGAUUGUAGAAGAUGCAUUUAACCUCUUAAAUUUACUGAUCCUGGCUAUAUGGUGCAGAUAGUGGCCAUGGUGGAUGGGUGGUACGAAGUUAUGUGGGUGCUGCAUUUUAUGGCCAUAGGCCGCUUGCCACAGUCCAACUCCCUGCUUGUGGCCUCUGAAGGUAGGGUAACUAUAACUGAGCUGCGUCUGUAGACAUGGUCCAACAUGUUUAGGCGUUUAUGAAUUGGGAAAUGUUCACUGUUCAUUGCGCAUUGAAGUUUUUCUGUCCAUAGUGCUUCACGCCGGUAACUAAUAAGACAUUGUUUUUGCCAAUGUACACAUAGAGAAUACAUGCCACUGUAGAUGUUUUUUGAAGGAGGUCAGCUACUUGCGUUGUGCAAAUCAACAAGUACUCCUCAGAACUAAGGUUACUCUAAUUAAGCAGCUCACUAGAUAACUUUAAGAAUUUUCCCACAUGAAAAUAAUAACCUUGAACAUCAGAUCUUCUAUUCAAACUCUUUUUCUAUGUGUGAACCUCAACAGACAACUUCCAGUAGACCUGGCCAACUAAAAGCUCUUAGCUUGUAAGCUCUCGCUCGGGUACUGUAUUUGCAAAUCAUUGUAUUUUCUCGAAGAUUGGUGCCUAACUACCAAACGUCUUUUGCCAAGGGUAAGAAUGUGUUUGACAACUUCACAUAAACUGUAUGCUUGCUGCAAGAAGACUGGUAUCAAUAUUACUAGGUCGUCAGUAUCUCCAGCGUGGGCGUCGACGCCGUCUAGGGUUCCGACAAGGUCGGCGUCGUCUAGGGUUCUGUCAAGGUCAGCACCGUCUAGGUCCCCGUCAAGCUUCGUCAAGCUCGGCGUCAACGAGGUGCGACGGGCGGAGGCGGCGGGGAGUGGAGCUUGUUUGGAUUGUAAACCAGAAGCUGUCCUUGGCAUCCCGGGCUUGAUUGCCGCUUUGGAAGCCCAUCCUGCACACGGGGGUAGGCGCGGACGUGAGGCUCGAGGGCUACUACCACGUAUGGCCGGCCUUGUGGACAAGCAGCGGUAGGGACAUACAUAGACUGAAAUAUGAACUCAACUGAACAUAUGUACUCUUGAAUCCGUGCAUAAUGUCAUGUGGAGCGUUUUUUUAUUUGAUUUGGAUGUUUCUGAUAUUAGACAAGGGGUUGUGCUCAGAGAUUUCGGAUUCAAGGGUAUGAUUCAACAUGUUGUUGUUAGGAGGUUGUGUGUUCUAGCACUUGGCCUUGGGAUUUCUGUUUUUGUUUCUUGAUGAUGAUAGGGUGGUUUGUGUAGGUUGACAUAGAAGUUUUUCUAUGUUUUAUAAAUGUUAUGUUUAUUUUAUGAAUUUUGUAGCAGCAACAUGGAUUAGUUCUGGAGACUUAUUAGCAUGUAUUAGGUUUUCUUCUAUUCAACCGUUGGUAAGCAUGCAUCUAUUAACAUUUAGGUCGCUUGUCCAUAUUAUAGGCUGGAGUAGUUUUGUAAAUGUUAGGCCAUGAAUUUAUUCACAUGUUUGUAUUGAUAAACGAUG